AUGAUUACAAUGGCUGUUCUAUCCUCUCAUAUUGUAUUGAUUAAUCAUAAAGGUGAAUUAAGUUCUAGUCUUGAAAGACUUAUCGGCAUGAGUCUCUAUGCAAAAUUACAAAUACAAAGUUCACCAUUCAAAUCCAAGUUGAUGUUUGUUCUCCGUGAUCAGAUGGAUCGAAAGAAAGAUGUUUUUGUUGAACAAUUAAUAAAACUACGAAAUAAUUUACAAAAUUCAUCACGUUUUCUUCGUGUAUCAAUCGACAAUGAACUUGAAAUGCGCGAGGAAAAUCUUGUUCUUCUUCCAAGUGCUUUUUCUGAAGAUACCAAUACUGAUUUGAAUCUCACUCAACGAUGGCGCAAUCAAACGUUUCCAUCUGAAAUUAAUGAACUUCGUUCACAAAUUUUUGGUGGAUUAGCCGAACAAAGGACGAAAAACAAUUUCGGCUACAAGAAUUUUGAUUAUUUUUAUAAGAAAAUGAGCACAAAUUGGAAUUUAAUCGAUGAGCUUGGUGAAGGGCUACUCGAAUGUAAGACACUAUACCAAUUGAGUGUGACAAAUGAACUCAAAGAGAUCGCAAAAAAUAUUGUCCGAGAAAAAUCAGAACAACUCCUGACGAAUGGACGAACGAUGCUUAAAGAGUUGGUAACAAAUCGACCGACUCCAAAUCAAAUAUGUCCUGAUAUCUAUAUGAAAAGAGUUCUUGACAUAGGUCUUCAAAAACUCGAAGAUCUCGCAAAAGAGCUUGUGCACGAAGCCUAUAAUCAAUUCCAAUCAUCCACUCAGCAAACUUAUUAUGCUGAAUUACGAGUUAACAUUCAGAAAAAUAUUGAACCAUCAAUUCGAUGUAACCAACAACUCUUGCAAGAACAGUUCGAAGAAGAUGUAUAUACUGCAGCGCGUGAAACUGCAACAGUUCAAGUUCAAAAUCAAUUACUUGAGAGUGCGAAAGCUUUUUUCGACCGUGAAAUUCGUACGAAUACUGAUGUUGACGAACUUAAUCAAGCUUUGGCAUUAAAACAUGAUGAGUUAAAAACAAAAUUUGAAGAAAAUAUUCAGUCGAUGCAAAAAUUUCAACAAGAGAUUAUUAAUACAAUUCUCAACAAUUACAGUCGUUUGGUACUUUCACGUCGAGCCAAUGCAAACACGAACGAUAUUUACAACCGGUGUCUGCUUUUUAACAUAAACAGUUACAACAAAAAAUGCAUCGAUCUUGAUAAUAUGUUUGACUUAAUCAGUAAAUAUUUGUCAUCGAAACAAAAGGAUCAAUCAUUCAUCAGUAAACUAACCGGAUUGUUUAAGUCAUCAACGCGUGAUUCACAACAUCCUUUAGAGUGGUUUCGGGAUCAUCGUGCUGAUGAGCUUAAUCGAGAGAUUCUUCGACAUAUUAUCGAACAUCUCAUGCCAGAUCUCCAUCAAAAUCUUGUUGGAAUGGUCUCAAAUAUGAAAUUAGCUUAUUCUGACCCUCAGACAAUAACAAAUCUGGUAAAUUAUGUAGACAAUGCGAUGAACGCACAACGAUCAUCGAUUCAAAAAUACUAUCGUUCGAUUAAUUUGCCUCAAAUUACUGCUGAUCUCAUUUUCAUUGCACUUAGACUUCUUAUCGAUGAAGCCAUACGUAUUUCGGAAGAGAAACAUAAUGAAAUGCGAAAAGCUCUUGGAGGAUUAGAAAAAUGGAUGGCUAACAUCAAAGAACAAUUUGUUCUUAUUCGUGAUUCGGAUCAACAAAGUCGAAAAUUUGCUGAUGACUUUCUCAAUCAAGUUUUCGAAGAAAUCAUGAAAGUCUCUAAAGAGACAGUAAAUGAAGCAAUUCGAAUGAGAAUCACUGGAAACUCUCAUAUUGAUCCGGAGAAAAUCGCUCGUAGUGCAUAUGACAGUAGUAUUGGUUCGAAUCCACCGAAUGGCGACAGGAUAAUGAAGUAUGUACUAGAUAUCAAUCGAUAUUAUAUAGAACUAGCAUUAGAAAAUGUUGAACUCAGUGCUCAACAUAUUGUCGCCUCAGAAAUUCUUAGUUUACAAAAGUUAGUAAGUAAUUGCAUCGACACGGCUGUUGAUGUAGUGAAAACUCACGAAUGUCGGAACGUUCAGCAAGUUUAUCGAUCGAUUACUCAAGCUUUACACGCUAUUUUAUCAAGUUUUAAAAUGGAAAAUCUUGUUGGAAUUUCGGCCGAGAUUCAACAACCCGAUCAGUUUCGUCAGCGAUUUAUGAAAAUCAGCAAUCAACGAGAAAAACUGACGCAAAAAAUCACUAAUAGUCAGGAUGAAUUCUAUCAAGAAGCAAAGCAUGCAUGCCGCAUGCUGAUUACGCAGCGACUUGGCUGUCAAGCGUGUUGCCCUGGUUGCGGAACAAAGUGUGAUAAUUGUCAACUGAAUCAUGACCAACACAGUAGUGCGCCUCAUAUAGCCAUGGUAUUCAGGGGCUGGAGAUGGGUAGAUACUGCGUGUCCAACAUUAGAGCUUUGUUAUCAGAAAUGGCGGAGUGGUGAUUCACUUAUCGUCGGAGGCGACACAUUCUCACCACGACGCACGUAUUACGAACAACGAGCACCACAAUGGCUCGAUGAUCUCGACGAAAAAGCUAGAUCAGGCGACAUGCAUGAUACAAAUAUGCCUCCAUUUGAGCAACGGCAAGCUUGGAUGGCUGUUCGAAAAGCACUUGUGAGCCAUUAUAAAAUCAAAGAUUAUUCGUCCUACGAUAAUCAACACUACCCUUUAUCGAUAAAGAGUUUACCAGCUGGUUAUGAGCCUCAAUGGACUAAUAUCAGUUAG